AUGUCCGCCGCAGCCGACGGCGGCGACGCCGCCGCCGCCGCUGUGCUGCCACCUGUCAUCCGGCGGUUGGACGAGGCGGUGGUGAACCGCAUCGCGGCGGGCGAGGUGAUCCAACGGCCGGCGUCGGCCGUGAAGGAGCUGGUGGAGAACAGCCUGGACGCGCGCGCGCGGAGCGUGGGCGUGGUGGUGAAGGACGGCGGGCUCAAGAUGAUGCUCAUCACGGACGACGGCCAUGGCAUCCGCCCGGAGGACCUACCGAUCCUGUGUGAGCGGCACACGACAUCGAAGCUGAGGGCGUUUGAGGAUCUGGAGAGCAUGGCCACGCUGGGCUUCCGCGGGGAGGCCCUCGCCAGCCUCACCUUUGUCUCGCACCUCACCGUCACCACCAUGACCGCUGGCCAGACGCACGGCUUCAGGGCACAGUACCGAGACGGUGAACUGGAGGGGCCCCCAGUGGCGUGUGCGGCGGUGCAGGGCACGCAGGUGGUGGUGGACGACCUGUUCUUCAACGUGCCUGCGCGGCGCAAGGCCUUCCGCAGCCACAGCGAGGAGUACGCGCGCAUCCUCGACGUGCUCAGCCGCUUUGCUAUACACAACUAUGACGUGUGCUUCUCCUGCAAGAAGUACGGUGAGGCACGCACCGACCUCUUCACUCCUGGUGCUCCCAAGCAGGAAGCAAGGGCAGGUGGGAAGAAACGGCGGAGAGGGAAAGAUAAUGGAAAGGGCUUGGGCGUGGAGAGCAGUGCUGAAGGGAGAGCUGAAGGGGGUGGCGAGGCAGGGGAGGGGGAGCGGACAGAAGGAAAGGAAGAGGCGAUGGAGAAGGGGGAGGAGGAGACGGAGGAUGAUGAAGAGGAUGAGGAGGAGGCGGAGGCAGAGCGCAGGAGGAGACAAGUGGAGGCGGUGCGAGCUGUGUAUGGCGCUGCUGUGGCCCGCGACCUCAUUCCCAUUGCGGCCAGGCGCGGGGGAUGGGGGGAGAAAGAGGGCGCUCGGGGAGAGGGAGAGGGGGUGGGGGAGGGAGAAGGCGAAGGUGGGGAAGGUGGUGGGAGUGACGACGGGGGCAGAGGCGACGGCGUGCAGUUCUCGAUGAGGGGGUUGAUCUCGUCGGCGAAUUAUAGUGCCAAGAAGACCACGAUGGUGCUCUUUAUCAACAACCGACUGGUGGAGUGUUCACCACUGCGCAAGGCGUGUGAGGCCACGUAUGCAGCCAUCCUGCCCAAGGCGGCGCGCCCCUUCCUCUACCUCGCUCUCUCCCUGCCGCCCCACCACGUGGACGUCAACGUGCACCCCACCAAGCGAGAGGUACCGCCUCCUACGACUGUGUCACCACAUGCAGGCGAUGGUUUGACUGUUCACCCGCCUUCCUCUGCCGUUCACCCUCAUUUCCCUGCCGCCGCACCACGUGGACGUCAACGUUCACCCCACCAAGCGAGAGGUGCCCUCCCGUUCCUCUGCUCUCCACUCCUCUUGCCUUUGCCACCCACCCUCUUCCUCUGCCGCCCACUCCCCUUCCUCUGCCGCCCACUCCCCUUCCUCUGCCGCCCACUCCCCUUCCUCUGCCGCCCACUCCCCUUCCUCUGCCGCCCACUCCCCUUCCUCUGCCGCCCACUCCCCUUCCUCUGCCGCCCACUCCCCUUCCUGCCGCCCACUCCCCUUCCUCUGCCGCCCACUCCCCUUCCUCUGCCGCCCACUCCCCUUCCUCUGCCGCCCACUCCCCUUCCUCUGCCGCCCACUCCCCUUCCUCUGCCGUCUACCCCCAUCUUCUGCCACCAAGACGAGGUGGUGGCAGCGGUGCAGCACGCAGUGCAGCAAGCCAUCCUCUCCUCCAACCACACACGAACCUUCUACACCCACUCCAACCUCCUCGCCGCCUCCACCCCUCCCCUCAAACCCCCUGCCGGUGCUGCUGCUGACCCGUCCAGCCCAGCUGCAGCAGCCUCCUCGCCUGCCACCAAGCCCCGGCCCCCCAAGCACGCCUCGCCCGCUUCCUCCAACCGUCCCUACAAGCCUUUUGUGCCAGUCCAUCUCUCCAUCGGCCAUCUGCCUGCCGAAGCCCCUUCCCCACUUGCACCAAUGCCACAAGCCCAGCCAGUCUGGCUCCCCGUGUUACCUUGUUGCCGUGUCACCUUACCAGCAUCCCUGAGGCCGCCAGAGCAUCGUCUCGUGCGCACGGAUGCACGAAUCCCAGCAGGCCGCCUCCACGCCUUCUUCUCCCACCGCCCCUCCUCCUCACAGCCCUCCUCUUCCCAGCCAUUGCCUUCACUAUCCCAGCCACUGCUGUCCCAACAACCACUGCACUCUCAACCACUCCUUGCCCAGUCCCCCUCCUCCCAGCCCUCUUGUGCUCCCGCCGCCUCUCCACUUGAUUCGGCCUCGCAACGUGCAAGAGGCGUGGAGGGAGGAGAGGAGGAGGAGGAGGGGCGCGAGGAGUUUGGAGGACAGGGAGUGGGGUCGGAUGGUGGGGGAGAGGGGGAGACGUGUGCGGAUUUAGUGGAAACGGCGAGCAGAGAAGAAGAGGAGGGUGGGCAUGCGGAGAAGCAGGGAGCGAGGGAGAGACGGGACGUUGAGGAAGCAGACCAAGUGGUGGCUCCGCAGCAAGGGAGGAUAGGGAGCGCAGCGGCUGUGGCAGGGCCCUGUGUGGAUGGAUCAGGUGCAGCAGGUGCAGAAGGUGUGGCAGCUCCGUGUGUGCAGCUACAGGCGGGACUGGUUGGUAGCAGUGAGCAGGCGGCAGGGGAUAGCUUGGCGGCCACAAGGUGUGUGGGGCAGGACGAGGGCACUGGGGUGGGCUUGUUUCCUCUCUCCUCCCUGCACAUGUUUAUCGCAACUGUCUGCGUGGCCAGCUUGCCAUGUGGUGAGAAGCAGAGGCUGGAAAGCAUCCUCUUGUCCCUCCUCCUCUUCUCCCCACCCCACCCGCUGCUGGUUGCAGCCCUGUCGGCUCUGCUAGCGGACUGCACGUAUGUGGGCAUGGUGGACGACAGGCGCAUGCUGCUGCAGCACUCCACCUCGCUCUAUCUUGUUGACGCUGUCAGCAUCAGCAAGGAGCUGAUGUGGCAGCAGGCGAUUCGCCGCUUUGCGCGCUUCACGUGCAUGACGCUGCACCCGCCCCCACUGCUCGCCGACCUGCUGCUGCUGGCGCUGCAGGAGGAGGAGCGGGCGGGCGGGCGCACAGGGGCUCAUGGGUGCAAGCAGGAGAUGGUGGAGGCGUGGGUGCAGGCGGUGCAAGGCAGGGCGGAGAUGCUAGCAGAGUACUUCGCCCUCACCGUCUCCCCGGACGGCCAUCUGCUCUCGCUGCCCCUGCUGCUCGACCACCACACGCCCGACCUCACGCGCCUGCCAUCUCUCGCGCUCGCUCUUGCCAAUGAGGUGGAGUGGGACGAGGAGAAGGCCUGCUUUGCCUCCCUGGCUGCUGCACUGGCCGACUUCUUUGCUUUCCAUGCGCCGCUGCUGCCCCGCCCCUCCGCCAACCAGCAAAGAAAGGACACGAAUGGCGAGGAAAGGGAGGGAGGUGGGCAGGUGAGGGGAGAGGAGGACGGGGAUGCGAGCAAGGAAUGGAAAGUGCGGGGUUCAGAAGAGGCUGGGGAUGAGGAGAGUGCUCGGGGCGGUAGGGGGGCUGAUGUGGCUGCAUCGACAGCUGCUGUGACUAUAGCAGGCGGGGGUGAAGUGGGAGUGAGCGAGGAAGGUGGGAGUGAGGAGGGGAUGAGUGAGGUGGAGGUGGAGGCGAUGUGGCGGCAAUGGGAGUGGAGCAUUCAGCAUGUGCUGCUGCCCGCACUCAAGUUCUUCCUCAAGCCACCCAAGCGCAUGGCCAGGGAUGGCAGCUUCAUCAAGAUAGCGUCACUUGAGAACCUCUACAAGAUUUUUGAGCGCUGCUGA